AGUUGCCUGAGGUAAACAGAGCCAGCAAGAGUGACGAUCUUGUGUAUGGAAUGAUUAAGUGUAGGCGGCCUUCACUAACCUAAGCCAAGUUAAUUGAGGAUCUCUAGCAAGUAUUCGUCAGUCUGUUUGAAACUAGUAACAAUUGCCGUGUUCAUCAGACACCACAGGUAACAAAAGCCAUUUGAAAGUCAGCUGACCAAUUCAACCCUUCAUCAUGGACAUGGAGCAGUUGCAGGACUCAGCCCUAGAAAGUUUGGAUGAAGAGCUCUCAGAGGACGUGUCUGAAUCUGGAAGUGAUUUUGAGCUUGAACUCAAAUCCAAGAGGAAGAAGAAACAGACAGUGGCCCACGGAACAUUGCCACCCAAGAGGCCCAGACGAAACGUGUCAGACCAGUCAAGCUCGAGCGUGACGCCUCCGGCUAGCAGUCCCUCCCCUGUGCAGAAGGGGCCCAGACGUACCAGCCGGCAGCGGAGAGGGAAGGAAGGGGGAGAGGAGGAGAGAGGAGAGGAGGAGAGAGGAGAGGAGCACUCCACUGCUGGGGGCCUGUACGAGGCCGUCAAGUCCGGCCGCAGUGCUCUGGCGACGGUGGUCUCUGAGUGGCUGGAGGACUACAAACAGGACCAGGAGGCGGGCCUUCUUGAGCUCAUCAACUUUCUGGUGCAGUGCUGCGGAUGCAAAGGUGUAGUUAGCAAAGAGAUGCUAACCAGUAUGGACAAUAGUGAUAUUAUUUGCCAGCUGACCAAAGAGUUCAAAGAGGACUCGUCGGCGUACCCUCUGUCGUCUGUGGGCCCCCAGUGGCGCCGCUUCCGUGAGAGCCUGUGUGAGUUUGUGGCCCAGCUGGUGCGGCGCUGUCAGCACAGCCUGCUCUACGACGACUUCCUGUUCAGCUCCCUCGUGCCGCUGCUCACCGGCCUGGCCGACUCGCAGGUGCGCGCCUUCAGGCACACCAGCACCUUCAUCGCCAUGAAGCUGAUGAGUGCGGUGGUGGAGGUGGCGGUGAGUGUGUUUGCCCAGAUCCAGGUGACCAAGCGGCGCUGUGAGCUGGAGAAGAACAAGGCUGCCGAACACAGAGCCACUCAGAAACUAGAGGAGCUGGAGAAGUCUCACAGCGAGCUCUUGGAGAACCAGACAGAGCUGUGUUCCAUCAUGAACGCCAUCUUUAAGGGCGUGUUUGUGCACCGCUACCGGGACCGGGUGCCCGAGAUCAGGGCGGUGUGCGUGGAGGCGCUGGGCGGCUGGGUCCUGUCCAACUCCUCCGUCUUUCUCAACGACGGCUACCUCAAGUACUUGGGCUGGAUGCUGCAUGACAAGCAACCCGUAGUGCGUCUGCGGAGCGUGAAGGCGCUGCAGGGUCUGUAUGAGGAGAGGGAGUUUAUUGGCCGGCUGGAGCUCUUCACCAGCAGAUUCAAGGAGAGGGUGUUAAAUAUGGUGUUGGACAAAGACUCAGAGGUUGCCGUGGAGGCAGUCAAGCUGCUUCUACUCAUCCAUAAGAAUUCCGAGGACGGCAUGUCGGAUGAAGAGUGCACUCAGGUGUACCCACUGGUGUUUGCCACUCACAGGGGCCUGGCGUCUGCGGCCGGCAGCUUCCUCUACCACAUACUGUGCGCUGAGGUGGAUAAGAUCGUUGAGGAAAUUGGGACGGAGAAGCGCAAAGCCACCUUUCUCCACUUACUCACCAACUUCUUCAUACAGAGCAAGUAUCAUGAGCAUGGGGAGUACCUGUUGGACAGCCUGUGGGACAGUGCAGGGACGGAUCUGAGGGACUGGGAGACCAUGACGUCUCUGCUGCUGCAGGAGAGAAAUGAGGAGGAGGCUCUGGGGGACGAUGAGGAGACUGCUCUGAUUGAACUGAUGAUGUGUGCAGUCAGACAGGCAGCGGAGGCUUCCCCACCUGUGGGCCGAACCCACGGGAAAAAGAACAUCAGCAUGAAAGAGAAGAAGAAUCAGACCCAGGAUAGGAGACGCAUCACCGACCAUUUCACACCUCUUCUUCCACAGCUGCUGGCAAAGUACUCGGCAGAUGUGGGGAAAGUGAAGUGUUUGCUGAGAGCUCCACUCUACUUUGACCUGGAGACCUACAGCAUCAACGGCCAGUUGGAGAAGAGUCUGGACCGGUUACUGUGUCAGGUGUGUGAGAUAGUGGAGAAGCACACGGAGGAGAAGGUGCUGAAGGAGUGUGCUCACCUGGCCGCCACUCUGUGCAGCGCGCCCUACACCUUCUCCAGCCGCGCCCACAGGGCCUUCAGUCAGAUGCUGGACGCACAGGUGGAGCGCCUCUCCGCGCUGCAGAAUGACCUGCUGCAGGGAACCGCUGAUGAGGAUGAGGUGUACACUGCUGCAACCUCCCUCAAGAGGAUUUCUAUCUUCAGCAGUUGCAUGGACCUCAGCUCUUGGAAGCUGUUUGAUCCUUGUUUCGCUCUCGUGAAGACUGGAGUUCAGUCUAUGGGCUUUGACAAAGAGCUCAUGGUUCCUGCUUUGAAGUGCACAGCCUUCCACCUCCUGUGGGAGAGAAGAAAGAUCUCAGACUCUGACUCGCCCACCACAGACAAGGCGGAGGUGAAGAGAAUGAGGAAGGAGGUUCACUCGUUCUGUAUUGUGUGCCAGAGUUGUCUCUCUCUUGGAAACGCUCAAAUCAGGGACCAGGCCUUCAUGCUGUUGUGUGAUGUGCUGACGGUGUUCAGUGUGGGCUCGGUGAAGGGGAGGCCCUUGCUGAAAGCUCUGGCCCUGGUGCCUGAGGACUCGCUCCGCUCUGAGAUGGCCUCCUUCAUCCUGGACUACGUCUUCACCAUACCUGACGACGACAACGACCACGACAACCACUAUGGUGUGGAGAACGCAGGAAAUGCAGAUGAUGUUGCUGAUGUUGUUGUUGUUUUGUGUGAAUCAGGGGAGGAGGGGAACCAGGAGGAGGAGGUGAGGAAGAUCACAUCCCUGCAGCUCAGACGGAGCCAGCUGGCCGCCUACUGCAGACUUACCCUCUGCGGCGUGCUGGAGCUAUACGCCGCCUCCGACAUCUUCAAGUACUACAACAAGUUCAACAGGGACUACGGCGACAUCAUCAAGGAGACACUGAGGAAGUCCAAAAUCAUCAGUCCAGUGGAGAGUGCCAAAACUGUGUGUCUCAGUCUACAGCAGAUGUUUACGGCCCUGGGAGAUGAGAACCACUCGCGUCAGGAAUUUGUGGAGCUGAGAGAGGAGGCCAGACGCCACGCCAUGAGCUUCGGCAUCAACCUGCACGUCAUCCGCAAGCCUCUCCUCGCCCUCCACCAAGAUGGCAUCCGUUUUGCUCUGCGUGGGACUGAGGAGAGUGCAUCGUCACCCAACCUGGCCUUCCUGGAAGUGCUCAGCGAGUUCAGCUUCAAGCUCAUCCGACAGGACCGCUUGCAGCUGCUGGCCUACGUGAAGCAGGCGGGUGCGUCGGUGAGGAGCCAGUGGCUGCAGAUGUACGAGCGCUCUCUGCAGUCUGUGGGGGCCCGGAAGCUGGGGGAGCCGCCGUCCUCUCACACAGCCAGCCCCAGAGCCAAGCGCCGCCGCACCUCCGGACAAGGUUCAGUAAGAAGCGCUGCGGAGAGCUCCCUGCUGGGCGACAGCAGCAUCAGCCAGCUGCCCACCCCCACGCUGACGUCCACGGUGCAGAGGAGGGGGGCGGGGCUGCUGCGGGCGCUCCAGGCUCCAGAGCACGCCUCUGCCGGCUCCAUCAGGGCCAGCGGCUCGGAGGGGGAGUCUGAGGAAGAGUUUGAGGAGAGUUCCCUGCUGCGUAAGGCUGUGUCCAGCAUGAGGCGACAGGCCCAUGGCUCCAACUCCCUAUCUGGUGACAUCAGCUCUCAGCUGGAUCUGCUUAGUUUGAUUGAAGAACACAAAGAGGAGGAGGAGGAGGAGGAGGAAGAGGAGGAGGAAGAGGAAGAGGAGGAGGAGGAGGAGGAACCGGAGAUAGAAGAGUUUGAGGAGGACUCGGAUGACGGCAUGUCCGUGGCACUGCCCUCCAAUCGAUACUCCAAUCACUCCUCCCUGUGCCCUUCCAUGCUAGAGGAACUCUUUGACUGAGGCCCGAGGAAAUCCAAACAGAGAUGGAGUUACACCAAAUAAACUAAUUCAAAUGUAAACCAUGUUCAGAAUGGUUUGUUCCAUUAUUUGAUAUGAAUUCAUCCAAUGUAUAUGCUAUAUAU